CUAUAUAUAUUUUAUUUAAAAUUAUCUUACAAAAUCACAACAUAAAAAGAAAUCAAAUAAAUAAACAAAAAGGAUAACUAAACCUAGAAAUUAUUACACCUUUACAAUUUAUUGGAUUAAUUUAAUAAACACACAAAAUGUCUGAACAAGAAUACGAUAAAGAACAACUGAGAAUUUUACGCAACGCUUUCAAAGCUUUCGAUCAUGAUGAUAAAGGAUUCAUUGAACACGCCGAUGUCCAUCAGAUUUUGGAAAUUUUAGGUCAAAAGCUCGACGAUAAGCAAGUGAAAGGCUUAAUUAAAGAAGUCGAUAAAAGCAAUUCCGGCAAAUUGGAUUUCGCUAAAUUUUGUAAGCUGGCCGCCCGCUUUGUCGAGGUUGAAGAAGAUGGACCGGUAUUAAUGGGCGAAUUGAAAGAAGCUUUCCGUGUCUACGAUCGAGAGGGCAAAGGCUAUUUGACUGUACAAGUAUUGCGUACCAUUCUUAAGGAAUUGGAUGACAAAUUAAGCAAUCAGGACUUAGAUAUGAUCAUUGAUGAGAUUGACGCUGAUGGUUCCGGCACAGUAGAUUUCGAUGAAUUCGUGCAAGUGAUGACAGGUUAAGAAGAAGUCAAGCCAAACAUUUAUGCAGCAGCAAAGUGCUAUCAAACCAAAGAAGACAUGUUUAUUACCCUUUUGUUGUAAUAUUGAAAUAAAACUAAUUGGUGGAGUUUGCCGUUUUAUUUUAUCUUCA